AUGCGCCCAUCCUGGCUCACGCUUUCCAUGAUAUGGGUGUUCCUCAAUCUCUCAGUCUUGUGGGCCUCCGCCCACAGCGCAAACGGACAAGAUACAGAGGCCGAAGUUGAAGAUACGAUUUGUGCAUAUGACCCUCACAAGCAGCUCCAGCGACGCGCCACAGAUGUUUCUGGGAAUGGUACGGAUGUGGGUGUUGGCGUUGAUGUGGGUAGCAAUUGUUUAGAUGUUCCGUCUGUGGGACUUACGCUAGGAAAUAUCACAACAAAACUAGGAAAUAUCAAUUUGACUGUUACCAAUGUUACUAUAUCUGUUGGGAACAUUGACAUUGAGAAUAUAACAAUCGGGAAUAUAACUGUGAUAGUCUCCGUUCCACUACCGGGAGCAAGUCCGAUAAAUGCAUUCAGUGCCUCCACCGCUAGUCAAAGUAUCACAACCUCCACUGCUUCUGCCACAUCUACUAUAUCUCCCUCUACGACUGUCUCUCAAACAUCCACAGGGCUUUUCAGAAUGAAGCGUCAAGACUCUUCCACCUCACUCACUACCAUUACGCCUUCGCCUACAUCCACUUCCGGAGUAGGCUUGCCUAAUCCCACAGUCUCCGCUUCAGUCGGCGGAGGCCCUGUCGGCUUAGGAGCAGGGAACGUGGACACAGAGAUUGGCAACAUCACGAUCUUCGUUGGAAAUGUGAAUGUUUCGGUUGGGGAUGUCAGUAUCAAGAAUGUGACCAUUGGAAAUAUUUUUGUUCUAGUUCAGAUCGGACAACCGGAUCUGAAUGGCGCUAUCGGGAACUUGUCGAGUCAGCUCGGGGCAUAG